AACGCUGCAGUUGUUUUCAAAAGAUCGGGGUAAUUGUGUGUGUAAAAUUGGUCUAAUUUAAUUACGAGCAUUGAAAAAGAAGUAACAUCAUUCAACUGAACUUGAAACUUAUUUUAAUUUCAAUAACCGCGUCAUGCAAGCGGACAUUCGAAAGCAAGUACCAAAACUUGAGAACCCUCAAGCGCAGCGGCGUAAGAAGCAUUUCGACCAGCUCGACGAAAUGGAAUCGUUCGCGUCCCCGAAACGUCAUCAAAAAACGGAUGAUUUAGAGGUUACAGGGAUAUCACGUAGUGGUCGCGUGCGUAAAAAGUCCUCUAAACUUAUGGACUUUGAGUCUCCCGAUGACAUAGCAGACAAUAAAUACAAGCGACAAAAAGCUCAACAGUUGCACGCACAGCAUUUGCUAGAGCGUUAUGAGGCGCAUCGUCAGCAAGUUACUCAAAGUCAUUCGUCUCAGCACGGAGAUGCCCCUGUUCAACGGCAACGCAAAAACUCUGGAUCCCACAUCGGCAGAGUUAAGGCUGAGCCAUUGUCCGAAAAUGAAGGUCACUCAUCUGGCUCUUAUUCUGAAGAUGAUGCGGUGAUGAACGAAGAGGAAAGAUAUAGCCUAGAAUCUGGUAGUGAUGAUGAAGUUGAUCCCUUAUUGAUUGAUGAUAGAGAAACUGGAUUCAGGAGACUUGAACCACCUGGUCAGGAAGCUCCCUCACAGGCAAAUAGUUUGUACAUGCUUGAGAAGUGCAAGAAGAAGUUAAUUAUCAAGGAUGGCAAGAUUAUUGGAAGAAUGAAGGCUCAACGAAAGGAUAAGGGUAAAACACGCUUCACAGCCUAUAUGCUGUGGGCAAAAGAGAUAAGACACGAAUUAAUGAAGCAAUAUCCUGAAAUGGAUUUUGCAACUAUUUCGAAACGUCUUGGUGAAUUAUGGGCAACUGUGCCAAACUUGGAAAAGUACAAUUGGCGAAGACGGGCGAAACGUCUAGCUUCUAAGCCUAGCGCAGCAGUUGCAGUCAAAGAUGAAUCAGUAUGGAAAAUGCCUCCACCGUCAUCGAAAAAGAAAUUCAUCAACAAAAUUGGAAACGGUAAAGAAACAAAACCUUCCCCUUCAAAAAAGACGAUACAGCUUGGAGUACCUUCCGUGGUAGGAAAUAUUCCAGUUUCACCACCAUCUAAUCGUGGUGGUAAAGAUCUAGUAAAUGAGCCAGUCAUUGGAACGGGGAUGUACAAAGUGAUAGGCAUGCAGCCUGUGGAUGUAGCUGCUCAUUUGAAACUGCUUGGCGAAAGUCUGACGAUAAUUGGUGAACGAUUGAAAGAACAUGAGGGCCAAAUAGCAGUUUCAGGUAGCCUUUCAGUUCUGUUAGACUCAUUACUUUGCGCUCUUGGUCCAUUAAUCUGUCUUACGCAACAAGUCCCAGAGACGGAUGGUGCAAAACCUGAAACACUGUCUCGAAUGCUUGACAAUAUUGCGUACAUCAUGCCUGGUUUGUAGGAAUUGCAGUGGUACUACGAUGAAGUAAAAAUACAGCAUUGUAUUAUGAAAAAUAUAACUUUUAUCGUAUUAAAUUGUUUGAUACUUGUGCUUAUGAAACGUCAUACAAUAAAUAUAUGCUAUACCGAAGUU